GCAUUUCCAUGUACUGUGUACUGUGGGAGACCAGAUAUAGUGAAUGCAGGGUCCGGGAGGGAGACCAGAUAUAGUGAAUGCAGGGGACCAGAUAUAGUGAAUGCAGAGAGACCAGAUAUAGUGAAUGCAGGGUCCGGGGAGACCAGAUAUAGUGAAUGCAGGGGUCCGGGGAGACCAGAUAUAGUGAAUGCAGGGUCCAGGGAGACCACAUAUAGUGAAUGCAGGGUCCGGGAGACCAGCUAUAGUGAAUGCAGGGUCCGGAGAGACCAGAUAUAGUGAAUGCAGGGUCCGGAGAGACCAGAUAUAGUGAAUGCAGGGUCCGGGGAGACCAGAUAUAGUGAAUGCAGGGUCCGGGGAGACCAGAUAUAGUGAAUGCAGGGUCCGGGGAGA